AUGUCCAUAUUUAUGGACCUUCAUUGUUCCUCGUCCCUUCUUCUUUUCCAAUGGCCAAUCCCAAUCAGACUACAGCGGUUGUAUCCGCCUGUAGAAACACCGUCAAACGCCAAACAUUAACCAAACACCACCGCCACCGUCAGGAGUUAUCUGAUCUGAUCCCUGGUCUGCCUGACCACAUAGCUGAACUUUGCCUCUCCCGUGUUCACCCUUCCUUGCUUUACUCCGUUUGCCUUUCAUGGAGCCGACUAAUCUAUUCCCCUUGUUUCCCUCCUUUCCUCUCUCUUUACACAGUCUUAUCUUCUAAACGCACAGAUCACAGUGACCUUACUAAUUCAAUUCAAUUCUUUAACUUUGAUCCUAUCUCCUCCAGGUGGGCUUCUCUCCCUCCUCCACCGCCGGACCCCCCUCUCCGUCUCCUCCUCCGCCACCCAUCCUUUAUUUCCCGCUACUUACCUAUACAGUUUGUCUCCGUUUCUGGCCACCUAAUCCUCCUUGCUGCCACCGCUCACAAUUUUUCCCCAGCCCUGUCUCGUCCUCUCAUUUUCAAUCCGCUCUCUCGUACAUGGGUUUUUGGCCCCCAACUCGCCUCACCGCGCCGCUGGUGCGCUGCCGGUGCUAUAAAUGGCGCCAUCUAUGUGGGGAGUGGGAUCGGGUCUUAUUUCUCUGCCGAUGUGGCGAAGUCGGUGGAAAAAUGGGAUUUCUUGCACAACAAAAAAACAGCUGCAGUAACCGGUCAUUGUUUGACGACCAGGAGCAAGGGUAGCUCUUGGAAAUGGGAGAAGGUCAAAGGAUUGAAAGAUGGAAGAUUUAGUAGAGACGCCAUUGAUGCAGUAGGGUGGAGAGGGAAACUAUGUAUGGUGAAUGUAAAAGGACAUGCGGCGAAAGAAGGUUUAGUUUAUGACACUGAGAAGGACGCUUGGGAGGACAUGCCAGAGGGUAUGCUUGCUGGGUGGAAAGGUCCUGUGGCAGCCAUGGAUGAGGAGGUGAUGUACGUGGUAGAAGAAAUCAAGGGUGCACUAAAAAAAUAUGACCCGGAGAGGGAUGACUGGGAGUACAUAAUGGAGUCAGAAAGGCUUAUAGGAGCACAACAGAUUGCUGCAGGUGGUGGUAGAGUAUGCGUCGUUUGCAGUGGCAGUAACAAUGGUGGGAUUGUGGUACUAGAUGUGGUGGCGAUGCCAGUGAGGUUAUGGAUACUGGAGACGCCGCCGGGAUUUGAAGCUGUGGCAGUCCAUAUAUUGCCGAGGAUGAGCCAGCCAGACCUUUUAUUUCCGGUUGUAGACUACUCCAGUAAUGUUCAGAGUAACUUGAAAUCUUGAUUUUGAAGGCCGCUGGAUUUUUGGCAAAGUAUUCCAGAGCAUUGAAAUUUUUUUUUGGUUGGUUUUCUUCCCAAGCUUUGAGGUAAGAGAAAGCUGGUUUCCUGAAAACUGAAAAUGUAACUUUUUUCUCAAAUGUUCUUUUAAUUCUUUAAUAAAUAUCGGUAGAAGCAUCUAAUUUUGUGGAA